AUGUCGAAUACAGGGCCAAAACCGAAGCGAUUAAAAAAAAUUACUGGAUGGUUUCAAAGAACUAAUGUCUCCUCUUCAAGUUCAAAUUCGAUUUCUAAUCCUUCCAUAUCUUCUCCAAACAUUGAUCAUCCACCUCAACCUUCAGAGUCUCCAAAUAUAGAUGAUCCACCACAAUCUGUAGAGCCACCAAAUAGGGUCAAUGCUCUUGAACGUGAUCUUGGAUUACUUUCUUCUAUAUGGAAAUAUCCAGUAAAUGAGCGUGAUAGUGUUCGAAAAGCCUAUAUUUUGUUGGGGCCGUUUCAACCUGAGUUAGUGUUUCCAUUAUCAGAACAUGGGGAUCAACAACGUAGAUUUCAGUAUUCUUGGUUCAAGAAUAAUCCAUGGCUUGAGUAUUCAAUUGCUCUUGAUAAAGCAUAUUGCUUUCCUUGUUUUCUUUUUGACACUGAAAAUUCGAAAAAUCACACAUUCACUGUUGAAGGGUUUAGAAAUUGGAAGAGAGAUUUGUUAAGAAACCCAAAAAAGCAUAUUGAAACAAUUCUUGAGUCAAGAUCACUAAAGGAUGUGGAAGACAACCGAUUAAGGCUUAAGGCUGCAAUAGAGGCUGCUAGAUUGCUAGCUAAUCAAGGAGCUCCUUUUAGAGGGCAUGAUGAAUCUGAAGAUUCCUUGAAUCAAGGAUAUUUCAAGGAAGUCAUAAAAUCCUUUUCAAGAAUGAGUGUGGAGGUGGAGAGAGUUGUUUUGGGAAAUGCUCCUAGAAAUGCUAUGUACACUAGUCCAAGAAUUCAAAAAGAGCUCCUAAAUAUUCUUGGUAACAAAGUGAGGGGCAAGAUACGUGAUGAAGUUGGGAAUUCCAAAUAUUGUAUUCUUGUUGAUGAAGCAGUUGACAGUUCUAGUCAGGAACAAAUGGCAAUUAUUCUGAGAUUUGUUGAUUCUCAAGGCCUUAUUCGAGAAAGAUUUUUUAAGAUUGUGAGUGUUCCUAACACUACCUCACAAACUCUUAAAAAUGAGAUCUCGAAAGUUCUUACUAUGUAUAAUCUUCAAGUGAGAAAUAUGCGUGGUCAAGGUGUGGAAUCAUUUUGUGAAAAGCAUGAUCUUGAUAUGCCUAACAUGAAUGCUUCUUAUAAGGAUGGUAUGGGUCGGGCUUGUCAGCAAAUGAAUUUCAUUACAUUUGAGCAUCAUUACCGUAUAGAGGUUUUCAAUGUUGUGAUUGAUUUUCAGUUGAGUGAGUUGAAUAGAAGGUUCUUAGAAGAAGCAUCACAACUCCUUAUACUUAGUUCAACUCUGGAUCCUCAUGAUAACUUCAGGAAUUUUAAAUGUGAAGAUGUUUGCAAUCUUGCAAAGCAGUUUUAUCCUGAAAAUUUUGAUGAUGGUGAAAUGUAUGCUCUAGAAUCAGAGUGUGCAUUUUAUGAGAUAGAUAUGCGUAAUGAUCCUAAAUUCAAAAAUAUGAAGUCCAUUUCUGACUUGUGCCACACCUUGGUUCAAACAAGGAAGUCUGAAUUUUUCCCUAUGCUUUAUAGAUUGAUUUGUUUAGUUUUGACUAUUCAUGUCUCUACUGCUACCACUGAAAGGGCAUUUUCAGCUAUGAACAUCAUUAAGAAUAAACUUAGAAGUAAAAUGGGAGAUGAGUACCUUGGUGAUUGUAUGGUCCUUCACAUUGAGAAAGCGUAUGCUGAAUCUGUUACCAAUGAGGAGGUGAUUAAAGAGUUUGAAGCUUCAUCAACUCGUAGAGUUAGUUUUAGUUAG